GGAGCUGGUCUCUCAAUCAGUUUCUGCCAAGGGGACUCGCCUUGAGCUUUGCCAACCCCUGUCUCACCUGUCAAAACCAUCCGACCAGCAACCACAAUGGGCUCCACAACAAGAACACUCGGCCUUCUCCGGAACUGCACGCUCCUGCUUGUCCUUCUUUUAGGUCUCCUUGCCAGCGCCCCUGGCACUGUGUUAGCGCAGGACGUUGCCACUGCAACUCCGUCACCCACUUUCCCCGGCGCCACCGCUUCGGCAAAUCCCUCAGCGUCUUCCGCCUCGUCGACCUCGACGUCGACUCGCGGUCCCCGGCAAAAUGGCUUUGCAUACAAUAAGGAACCGAUGGCCUACACAACCUUCCAGUUUGUCGACUCGAACUUGCGCACGUCCGCAGUGCUUAUUGCCCUCGGCUCCGUGUUUGGUUACUGGUUCGUCUUUGGCAAACGCACGAACUUUCCAUCGCUACUGUUCCUGGGACUGCUGGUGUGCAACCUUUUCGGGACUGUUGGCAAAACGCUACCUAGAUACAUGAAUCUGGAAAUUGGCGAUUUUCUCGCCGAUAUCCUUUCGAUGUACAUCGGGAAUGGCUUUCUUUUCACCGCUUGCCAGUCAUUCAACUGGCUUCUGUAUCUGCGCUUCUCGAUGGUGGUGCAGUUCAAACCGAUGCUACGAACCUUCAUCAAGGCCUGGCUUUGCUUGGAGACUCUCUUCUCGCUUGGUCUAUACGCUGUCUGGUCGUGGGGUAUCCUGGCCGACAGGGCGUCAGCUGCAAGCGACACCAAAAUUCGCCCCCUGUGUUCCAAGACUUUUUCGUACUUCCAAAUCGCCCAGGGAGUCAACGCCUUUUUUCUGAGCGCCUAUUUCGUCAAGACGUACUAUCUCCCAAAGAUUGUGAAUCAGCGUCAAUUCAUGAGUCGCAUGACUUUUGGUCGUCUGCUUGGCACCGGAUUCUUCUACCUCCUAUUCGAAUCGCUCCUUCAGUGCACGUUCUUGUUCUUUUACUACAUCAGCCCCACUUACUACUCGGGACUCAACAUGAUCGCCACUUCGGUCCGAUACUGGCUCUUCCUUCUCUUCGUCUACCAUUUGAAGAGCGGCACUCGGAAUCUGACGGGCAACUCCAGCCAGACCUACGGUCCUAAUGUGUCCGGCAUCUCUGGACACGGCCGGCUCCAGUCAGCAAAGGAAUCCUACGGCCCCUCUCAGCACCGAGUCCCAGUCACAGCGGCCAGGAAGAUUUCCCUGGAUCACCAAGGGGGAUACAUGCGGUCGCCAACACCGGUGAAAAUGGGAUUCGCUGCGGGGGUGGUGAUGGGACCUCGCUACUCGAUUGACAACAUGCCGGUAUCGCUAUUGAAGAAAUCUAGUUUCGUAAGCGAUGCUGCAUCCACUGUCAUUAGUACCACGGGUGGUGGCUACGCUGCAGCUCACAAACCUGCAUACCAAGUUUCGAGGCCGAACCAGCCUCAACCUCACUACUACGGUAGGGACGAACCAGCAACGUCCUCACCUGACGACGAUCAUUUUAUGGACGACAACGGCAUGGGAUAUGAUGAUAACUUCGUCCCCGCCGCCCCUGCAGCAGAGCCAGGCAGACAGACACCCCUCUACAGCGCUCCUCGUCAAGCUCCAGGUGAUCCCUUUCACCAUCAAGAAACGAACUUGUCUUCCUACGUGUCCGCAGCAGCGCCGCAACCCGCACCCGCUCAAUAUCCCGCAGCACCGCGAGCGAUCAUCCGCUUCGCCCAAGCUCCCAGCAAAGUCAGCCGCGUAGUCGUCAGCCAAGCACCGACAGUUCACAUGUCGUCCGCCACCUACCGGGAGAGAAAUAGCUGGCAGGCACCCCCAAACCCAUCACCUGCAUCCUCUCGCGCCCCCGUGUCGCCUUUACCACCGGCGCCCACAGGGACGGUGAUUCCACCUAUGAGCCCCGCGACGUCCAUGCCUGGCGUAUCGGGACACCCGACCUUGGACACGAUCAUGGAAGGCCAGACGUCGUCGCCGUCGGAAGCCUCGUUGCUGCAGUCGGUGACGGCCGGAGAGGAGGUCAGCGUUACGGGCUCGUACCGGACGAGCCCUGAGAGUGGAAGCGGUGAUAGCGUCGGAUGGCCUGGUCGCUUCGUGACGAGAAGCACGGACGAGGAUGAGUAGGCCGAUUGGAGUUGGCACCCUCGUUUCGGCGUAUUUCAUCACACUCUCUUCUCAACCCCACAUUUCCCAACCGUGGACUCCGCCAGACAAGUUUGUUAGACUAGACUUAUAUGUAAACGUUCAAAUCUUAAGUUGUUUUUUGCGGGUCCGCAUUUGCACCUGCAGAUAGAUUUGAACAUUCCCUAGACUUCUCCCCGUUUCUUCAUUCCCUGAUCUUGACACUUGCUUCUUUCCUUCUCACAUUCACGGCAUUGCGUAGUUAAGAGGCGCUGGCUCGCUUCUUUACUGCCACAUGCCUCGGGUCAAUAGUUUCCGCCCCCGGAGAGGACGUCUUCUCUUUCACUGCUGCAGUUACCGGUUUUACAUAGAG